GAGGACAGUGAAGGCACCGUUUCGGUCAGUCUUCCGCUUGUCGGAUACACACGCGCCUGCGAAACAUGACUACGUCUGUUGUCCGAAGGUUAGCGGCUCUGUCGGGGGCUUCUGCAGUGGCAGCAGGGGCAUACGGGGCUCACGGUUUCAAAAACAGCGACCCUGAUGACUACCAGAGAGUGCUUUUUGAAACCGCCAACAAGUACCAUUUCUACCACAGCCUGGCCCUGCUGGGUGCUGCCCACUCUGGCAAACCCGUUGUGGCUGGUACGCUCCUGAUAGCGGGCAUGGGGAUGUUCUGUGGCUCCCUGUACCACCAGGCCAUGACGGGGGACCCUGGUCUUCGCAAGAUGGCUCCCAUGGGGGGCAUGGCUAUGAUCGCCGGCUGGCUGGCCCUGAUUCUCUGAGCCGCGACAGUUCACGUCCCUUCCACGGGGGCCACCACGUGACACAAAACCUGUCAGGCUGUUAAUGGACAAACUGGAGAGUGUGUGAGAGUUAUGUCACCCGUCUAAACCACGCCCUGUCCCGGGUGGUGGGUGUCAGCGGGAGAUAAAGUCACAACAGGAUUAUCACUCUCCUACCAUUGCGGUCUGUUUGUGAUUGGUGUCACUGAGUUAAAACAGAUAGGCAAAAUGAAUAGGGCAUGACAUAACAUUUUGAAUGUCAUGUCAACUGUCUAUUGGGAAUGAAACCGUAUAUCUUGUUGUUUCUUUGUUUUUACUAUAUUGCCCCCUACUGCAGUAAAUACAGUUUCUACAUUUCUGUGCAUUUAUAUAGCAUAGGUAUGGCAAAUACAGUGAAGAUGAAGAAAUAAAUGUGAAGUAUUUUAAAAUGAAAUAAAUUUUGUUUUCCUACAUGUAA